AUGGGUGCCGUCGUCUCUUGUAUCCAAAGCGUCUUCCGAGCCAUCGGCUCAUGCCUAAUGGCCGUCGUCAACGCCAUCGGCUCCAUCCUCCACGCCAUCAUCAGCGGCAUCGUCACUGUCUUCGACGUGAUCAUCUCCUGCCUUACCUGCGGCUCCUGCUCGCGUCGCAAACGGAGCAGGGUCUGA